UGAGAACAUUUACGAUCGGCGGGGGGGUGGGGGAGUUAUUGGUUUGUCAAUGGCGUCAAGUACCUUUGUGCCGCAAUGUAUGAAAUAUGAGAAGUCAGUGCAUUCACUUGCGUUUUGACCUUUCUAAUACUUAUUGUAUGCAUCAACCAGUGUAUUAGGAGUGAUUUUAUUACACAUAACAGAACUCGCUACAGGUGGCAUUACAUCUCUCUCGCUUUUUACAUAUGUUUUACAUUUAGCAUACUGGAAUAUGGGAUUUAACCCCACUCAUUACCUCGGCACUGCCACCAACCAACCAAAAAGCUAACUCGGUCGUACUUUAACCUUUACCAUUUCAACCUCCCAUAGAAGAGAAUCAAACUGUGUACUACUCUUCCAGCAUCAAAGUUUUUGCAAAAUGCUAAAAAUAUAUGUGCGCUAGAAUUGAUGCGUUUAACGUCCACACAUUUUUCAAUCUAACGAAACUAAUCCAGCUUUUCCCAGUAUGUUGUGGCUACACUGCUUAUAUAGUUUUUGCUGUGGUAAUGUCGAAUGUUAGAAUGGCGGAACAAAUGCUGAAUGACUUGAUUUGUCGCAAAAUAUCUGUAGAUGAUUUAAUUGCAUGGCUGACAAGAGAUCAUAUGAUUGGCUGUCCUGUUGAAUUGAAACAUGCAAAAUGUAGCAGAAAAGAUUUUGUGCCUUACUUUUUGAACUUUUUGAGGGAGCAGACUUCAAGGAUCUUGCAAUUGAGCAGUUUUCCUACCCCUAGUAAGGUGCACAGAACGUUGCAAAAGAGAAGAAAUAAUGUGAAGAGCCGCCAGGCGUUAUUUCCUCCAAAUCAGCACGAGAGUGCUGAUACUAACAUGGGGGUAAAGUCCCUUGAAAUUGCAGAUGUUUUAUAUUCAGGAAUUGAGGAGGGAGGUAACAGGAAAAUUGCAGAUGUGGUGAAGAGGAAGACUGUGGCAGUUCCAUCUGGUUUUAACUUCGGGAAGCCACUUGCACAAAGCAGUCCUGUGCAGGAACACAAACAUAAUAACUCUGCCACCUUGCAAAGAAGUUUCAGUUUACAGGAUUUUAUUGUGAAGGGAACAAGGUCUGGUAAAAAGAAGAGCACUUGUGCACAGGAGCAAAUGCUGCCGUCUUCUGAUGGCAACGAACGCAGAUCACACAAGAGAAUCAAUCCAACUCGAUUGAGUGCUGCAAAAUCUAAUGGUGAUGAUGUAUGUUUUGGAUUGACAUUGAGAUCAUGUGAACCCAGUGCCCCAUUUUGUGAACAGCCAGUAGAAACAAGCAACAGUAAGAACUUUGAGGAGGAAAGGACACUGUUGCGAAAAGAACGCCUUAGGCAAAGGUGUGACAAGAGGCAUGUGACUGUGUCUCCUACAAAAGUGAUUGUUUCCUAUAUUAAUGAAUCUAUUGUGGCAGAGCCUGGCCUAGUGAGUUUCUUAGAACAGCUGCAAGUGUUAGCAGAUGUGUAUUCUCGCUUGAUAAGUUCAAAUUUAGUUUUAAACAUUAUGGCGGAAUUGUGCUUUGUGGUGAGCUUGCUCGUGGUUCACGUCCCCGCUGGAUGCAGUACGGAUGAGAUGCGUUUUUCCCCGACAGAAUGCAGUGGGAAUGCUGUUCAUCAUCUAGAUCGUGGAGUAUGGAAUAUGAAGAAAUAUGCUUUCUUUAAUACAGUGCACAACUGUGUGUAUUUUGCCAUAUCAGUGUUGAACCAACAGCGACAGCUUCUAGAGUGCUUUGACAAGAUUACGUUAAAAAUGCUUGCUGAUAAUAGAUAUUUUUCAACAUUUAUGCCAGAUUUAUGUGAUUUUGUCAAUGGACUUCUCACUUCUGACAUGGCAAAGGCUAGAAGAUUUACAUCUUUGGUUGCAGCAGUCCAGAGCAAUGUGUCUUUCCAGUCAGACACUGACAAUCGUCACAACUUUCCAACAGACCAGGCAUUUCAUGUUUUUCGCAAGCAACGUGAUGGUUUCUACGAAAUUCUUCGCACGUGGGAGGCGGACCACAUGUUGCCCGAUUGGUCAUUUGCCGUUACACUGGGACCACGUACGAGGACACUGCUUAGCCUACACAGUGAGCCUGCCAACUUUGUACACUUUGCACGUCUGUUUCGUUCCCAACUGCUUGGAACCUGCAGUGGUUACUCCAGUUCUAGUGAACUGGCAGCGUUCAGUGACGGUGGCCUUGACAUCUUGAAGGACGUGAACCCAGAGAAGCUUAGUCGCCUGCAUGAGAGGCUCAUAACUCCAUUCCAGUGUGGGGGGCCAUGUCCACAGCCAUCAUUCCCUGGACAGCAGGAGUUCUAUCAUGACUUCAUCCUGCACUCCUCACAUCCUGCUUUUCUGCAGCACCUGGGUGACAGCCUUGCCUCUGAGAUACUGACAUUGAAUGAGACCAGUUUCAUGGCUUCAGAUUUGGAGGACACAGACACAUAUGUUGAUGAUGCCACUCGCAGAAGUUACCUGACAUGUGUGUCUGCACUUCGCUUACUUGGCAAGUUCCUUGGUUUGGUCACAUUUCUACCAUACAAGUCAAGAGUAAAAGUUCUUCCAGAGGACAUGGUGUCAUCGCAGUCUGCUUUACGUGCCAAGUUAUGUCCUCAGUUGGAUGUCCUGGCAUGCAUAAAUGAGGCCGUGCAGGCUCACAAGCUUGUCCUCACGACACCUUGGGUUGUGAAGUAUUUGUCUAUGAUGGAUCCAGUUUCUGCACACCUCCCUUACUAUAGGGCUGUGUUUGAGCGGCUGUUUCAUCUAUAUCAAGGUGUCCAGUUGCCAGCCAGACCAUCAUUGCUCAUCAGGCUGCUGCUAGGCUGGCUGUUUGAAUCUUCACACUUUCUGGAAGAACUGUUUUACGCUUGGAAACAAGAUGUGCCUAUCGACAGAAUAGUAGAAUCAGGUAUAUGUUAUACUGCAUGUUUCAAAAGUAGCUUUACAACUUGAGGGCGAGAUAUUGGUGAACUGAUAGGAGA